AGGAAGCGGCGGCGCGGGGAGCGGGCUCCGGGCACCGACACCGGAAGCGGAUCCGCUGCUGAGUAAUCCCGGCGGGAGGCCCGCUCCGCGCGCCGCAGGCGGAGCCGGACCGGACCGGGCCCGCAGCCCCAUGGCCGGCGCCGGGCCCCCGCGGCGGGAGGACGCGGAGCCGGCGGCCGGGCCCCCGCAGGACGCGGAGCUGGCGCUGGCCGGCAUCAACCUGCUGCUCAACAACGGCUUCCGGGAGUCCGACCAGCUCUUCCGCCGGCACAGGAAUCACAGCCCCUUAAUGAGCUUUGGAGCCAGCUUCGUCAGCUUUCUGAACGCCAUGAUGACGUUUGAGGAGGAGAAGAUGCAGCUGGCGUGCGAGGACCUGCGGACGACGGAGCGGCUGUGUGAGAGCGAGGAGGCGGGCGUGAUUGAGACCCUCAGGAACAAGAUCAGGAAGAGCGCGGACGCCCGGAGGUCGGCGCCCUCCGUGGUGGACCGGCUGCAGCGGCAGAUCAUCGUGGCCGACUGCCAGGUGUACCUGGCCGUGCUGGCCUUCGUCAAGCAGGAGCUCUCAGCGUACAUCAAAGGCGGCUGGAUCCUCAGGAAAGCCUGGAAGAUCUACAACAAGUGCUACCUGGACAUCAACGCGCUGCAGGAGCUGCACCAGCGGCGGCCGGCGGGGCCGCGCUCGCCCGCCGACGCCGCCAACCACAACCACAGCGCGGCAGCGGCCGAGGAGGGGGUGUCGGAGGAGACGCUGAGCCGGCUUCGCGGCGCCGUGAGCUUCGGAUACGGCCUGUUCCACCUUUGCAUCUCCAUGGUGCCCCCCAACCUGCUCAAAGUCAUCAACCUGCUGGGGUUCCCCGGAGACCGCCACCAGGGGCUGUCCUCUCUCAUGUAUGCGAGCGAAAGUAAGGACAUGAAGGCCCCUUUAGCUACGCUGGCGCUGCUCUGGUACCACACGGUGGUGCGCCCCUUCUUCGCGCUGGACGGCAGCGACCACCGGGCGGGCCUGGCGGAGGCCAAGGAGAUCCUGCGCCGGAAGGAGGCGGCGUACCCCAACUCCUCGCUCUUCCUCUUCUUCAAGGGCCGCGUGCAGCGGCUGGAGUGCCAGAUCAACAGCGCCCUGGCCUCCUUCCACGCGGCCCUGGAGCUGGCCGUGGACCAGCGGGAGAUCCAGCACGUCUGCCUCUACGAGAUCGGCUGGUGCAGCAUGAUCGAGCUCAACUUCCAGGACGCGUUCGGCUCCUUCGAGCGGCUGAAGAAUGAGUCCCGGUGGUCGCAGUGCUACUACGCCUACCUGACCGCCGUCUGCCAGGGGGCCACCGGCGACGCGGACGGCGCCCAGGCCGUCUUCAAGGAGGUGCCGCGGCUCUUCAAGAGGAAGAACAACCAGAUCGAGCAGUUCUCCGUGAAGAAGGCCGAGCGGUUCCGGAAGCAGAGGCCCACCAGGGCGCUGUGCGUGCUGGCCUCCGUGGAGGUGCUGUACCUCUGGAAAGCCCUGCCCAACUGCUCCGCCCCCAGCCUGCAGCGGAUGAGCCAAGCCUGCCACGAGGUGGACGACGCGGCGGCCGUGGGGCUGAAGCUCCUGCUGCUCGGGGCCAUCCACAAGUGUCUGGGCAACGCCGAGGACGCCGCCCAGUUCUUCCAGCGCGCGGCCAGGGACGAGCUGUGUCGUCAGAACAACCUGUACAUCCAGCCGUACGCGCUGUACGAGCUGGGCUGCCUCCUGCUGGACAGGCCGGAGACGGUGGCGAGAGGCCGAGCACUGCUGCUUCAGGCGAAGGAGGACUUCUCCGGCUACGACUUCGAGAACAGGCUGCACGUGCGCAUCCACGCGGCGCUGGCCUCGCUGCGGGAGCUGGUCCCCCAGUGACGGGCCCCGCCGGCCGCCGGGCUCUGCCCGGAGCUGGGAGCAGAGGACGCUGCCAUCGAGGACGGCUUCCUCCGGCCCCGCGCAGGGACACUCCCCCGGUCCCCGGAGGGGAGGAGCUCGGAGGAACCGUCACCCGGGAGGGCUCAGUGGCCUUGUUCGGACACUUUAGUUUUGUGAUUUAUUAUUUUUAAAAUAAAAACCAAGCUGCACAUCCAACCUGCAGUCCUGUGGGCACGGCUGCCGCCAGCACACGGCGGGCGGGCGGGGAGUGCCGUGCCGGUUCCUCGGCGACCGGAUGGCCGGCACCUGUGUUCUGAAGGAAUCGGUGUUCUUCUCGGCCCUCGUGCUGCCCAUGGGAGGACCGUGGCACAGACAUGCUAACCCCCAGGGCCCCGACCACGACACUCGGGCACAGACGGCGAUUGGUGUGCCCCGUUAGCUCUUCCUGUUUCCGCGGGCCCAUAGAAGGCCGGUCUCCGGCCAGGACGCGAAUGCCCUCACUGUACAGCGCGAGUGGGAGAACUCAGUGUUCCUUGUUUCCCUCAUUAAACACCUGCUCUUCCGCUGACGUGCCAUCGCCAUGUGUAUGUCCAGGUCAUCCGCAGUGUUUCCGAGGGAUGGCGCCAUCGGCAGGCUUCGCGGGCGGCCUGGCCGGAUGCCCUCCCUGCCCCCUCGCUCAGGGUAUUGGAUUCGACGGGUUAGGAGUUAUUUUAAAUCCUUUGUCGCUCAUUUUCAUGGUCGUUUAACUGCACCUUGGUCCAGUGCUGCACCCCUGUGUUUUGAAGAAUCAUAAUACCUCAGUCCCACCCUAGCCGGUUUGGCUGGCAGACUGAAGGGUCCCGGGUUCAAUUCCCGGUCAGGGCACGUGCCC